CAUUUGUCACUUUCCAAAUUCUGUUACCAUUCCAAUUUCCAUGGCGGAUUAAAUUAGGAAAAUAGAAAUCACAGCAAAACAAUUUACAAAUAUUAAAAAGAAUUCAACAAACGUAAAAAUGUCGACAGUCGUGUCUGACUGCUUCACAAUCGGCAGUAUAGUGGCUACCAGAACGUGUUACAAUGAACAUAUCGAAGGAGAAGUGCUUGCAUUUGACCCACAAACUAAAAUGCUUAUUUUAAAAUGUCCAUCAUCGAGUGGUAAUCCUAAGCGCCACGAUGUUAAUGUCGUAAAUUUGUCGCUCGUUAGCGAUGUUCAGGUAAAAAAGGAAGUGACUACAGUGCCCGACCCACCACCGUCGCUGAAUCUUCAUAGGUUAAACACAAGAGUUCGAAACGCGAUAGAUAAUAAACGAAGGCUGGUAUCUGCUCUAUCAGCAUGUCUAGAUCCAGAAGGCCAGCGUCUCUUUAUGGCGAUUGCUAGAGUUAUAGAAGAUGUGUCAUGGUCAGGCCAGAGUAUCAGAGUCUACAAUCAAGUCACCAUCACACCACCAUAUAAAGUAGACAAUGUGAUAGGUGAAACAGAUUCCAAAUCAUACAAUUACAUAAGAAAAUUUGUGGAGCGUCACUGGCGCGAACAACAAGCGCGUACAGAAUCCACAGUCCCCACAGUCAACCAAUAAUCUAGUAAUAUCUGGAAUAUUUUGACAGUUUUAUACAAAUAUGAAGAACAGAUCUAAUUUUAAUAUUUAAAAAAAAAACAUUUAAUUUAAAUUCAUCAAGUAAAAAAGAUAGAAUACAAUCUUUUUUUUAAGAUGUAUCGCAUGAAAAUUUUUAGUAGCUUUGAACAUGUAGAUUAAAGCAUAGUUCUUUGUGUUUAGUCUUUAUUUAUGUUUUUAAUUGAUUUACGGUUUUUAUUAUGAAGCCUAUGUUUUAAACGUUAAUGAAGUAUGGUUUCUGAACUGAACCUCUCAAAAGUUUUAUUUAACAUUAUAAAUAAAUAAUGAUCAUACUGUUUCUUUUCCUUCAUAAAAAUUUAAAGAAAAUAAUUGUGUAAAACUGUCGGAACUGGAUCUUUUGUAACUUUAAGAAAGCAGAAAAUUGCAAAUGAAUAGACGAAUGUAACAUGCUAAUUUCAUUGUAGUUUUUAUAGUUACAAAAGACUUAUUUUCCAAAGAUGUUUUACGGAACAAAUCAAAAUUUUGUUAAUAUGUUUUGUAAAAACCUUUGACUUGCUGAGUCGUAGAGCAGUUUGCAAAAAUAUUUUAAUUUAUCUAAAAUUAUUAUUACCUAUAUAUUGGAUUAAUUAUUAAAAACAUUGUAUAAGUUACAGAAUAACCCAGUUUAUAUUAUUUUACGAGAGAUGGUAGUCAUGGAUGUAUAAAUAGGGAUGUAUAAAUUGUGCAUCAAUUAUAAUUUCGGUAACUAUUAGUAGAUUCGAUUCAAUGGGUUCACCACGACUUAGCAAGACAAAGGCCGUAUUUAGGAUAUUUCGUUUAAAUAUAGAAUGUUAUUUUCCAUCGAGUCCUGGCGACGGUAGUAUCAAAAAAUGUACGCAAAAAUAAAAUUAUUUUAAAACUUUUAUCUUAUAUAUAAGUUCCGUGAAAUGUUAAACACAAAUAAAUGUAAAUAUUUAUUACUACA